GUGGGGUGUCGCUUGUCUUGUUUAAAACAGUUGGACCGGCCCCCUCUUGGACCAACACAGCCAUGGCUGGUACCCCGCCGUCGGGGACGUUUUAUGUCCUAUUCCCUCCAGACUACCAGACUUCUUCAUCAUUGCUCAUGUUAUCUCGUCCUGUUCUGGCUUUCUCUUCCUUCGGCAGUCGGAAUCAUUAGACAGUGUCAACUACUCGGAAUCCCCUCAUGACACUUCACAACGUCCCCUCCUUCUCCUCCUUCUCCUUCUUCUCCUCCUCCCACUUCUUCUGUUUCUUCUUCCUCCUCCAUGGCGCUCCCACGACCACAGCCACUCCUUGGCCACGAGACGAAAGCGUACAGCCCGCGCCUCAACCAACACCACCUCCCCAUAUGGUACAAGCGAACUACGGAAGGAUGAGGCGGCAGUUGGAAAUGGACCUCACGACAUGUGGCUACUCUGAUGGGAAUCCGACUUUACCAAUCACAGCACUCGAGGGGUUUCAGUGCCGGGUCGAUGAGGGAAAUGGUCUCUGGGGACUUUGCAACUCCGGCGUGCGGGAAGUUUCCGAUUGCAACUUCCCGGGCUACUGCUUCGACACACAUACUUGUGAGAAGGGUUGUGGGAAGACAGACCAGGGCUCUAACGCCAUCUCUACAACAUGUACCCAGUCCGGGCAAUACUGCCAAACCAAUCUGCUUGCAUUUCAGGCAGACAUGACGUUUACCGAGAUCGGCUGUGGUCCAGCUGCGACAACAUACAACUACUUUCUAACUGCUACCGAGUCAGGGGAGAGAAGGGCAACGGCUACUUCUUCCAAGUCUCAAGCAUCUCCGACUUCUAAAAAUAUUCCAUCACCCAUAGAUAUAUCCAAAAACAUCAGAGAUUCUGGUUCGAGCAAUGCAUUGGCGUCAAUAUCCAGCGCGGUCAGCCCGGCGCCUCAGCCUGUAGUGUCGUCUCCUUCCAACGAAACCACUCCAAAGCGCUCGAAGCUCAACAUCAGUGCCAUAAUAGGAGGGACUCUCGCUUGUUUGGCCCUUAUAUGCAUCACCAUACUCGCGGUCAUAUACCUUGUACGCAAGUACAGGGAUGAGGAAUCAAGCAGACAGAAGCGAAGCAUCUUCGGUCCCGAGAAUAUAAAUGGCACCAGACCAUCUACCGACAGCAGCGUCGUCAACUUACAGGAAACCCAAUAUCCGGACCCUCCAAAUGACAGGAUCCAUCCGAACGCAGGUUGGGGCCCCUCCGAGGCAUACGGUAGCGAAGUUCAGCCGAACCCCCACGGUCCUUGGGAGGUACUGAAUGAGGAGAGACCAGUGGAGCUUUCGGACGACAACCGUCCUGCCGAACUACCGGACCAUAGCUUUCUCGAGUCGCUACCGACAAUUGCACAAGCUCCAACGAGGUCAGACUCAUGGCGGCCGAAUGAUGAUGGCGCCGCGUGGGGUGAUCUGAGACCGCCUCCAGUAAUGAGAGACAGACUGCGCUGGGCAAAUAACGCAGCUGCUUCCCAGGGCGUAGAAUCAGUUCCUUCUCCUCUUUUCUCCAGGAAGAACGUGUCCAGAGGAUACCGCAGCCCAAUCAUGGUGCCCGAUGAUCAGAGGGCACGCGGAAGAAACAGGCUGGUUUCAUCCAGUUUUGCAUCUUCACUAUGGCUGAAUCGGAGAGCGGAUGUAAGACCACAUUCAACGCCCAAUGGAAGACCGAUUGUGGAGCCAACCCUACACGUCAAUACGGAGAGCAUAGAGAGAGAGAGCACAGAGAGAAUGAACACGGUAGACUCGCUGCCUUCUCAACGAGGAAUGUACCGGACGCGCUCGGCAACUGCUAGUAUUGCUUCGAGCGGUGAAAUCUACACGAGCUCUCCAAGAGAAAUGAGAUCACUUAUGGAACGUUCACAGGACCACGGUUCUUGAAUGAUAUCCUGGUAUGUUUCUCAUUCCAGGUCACGUGGGCAUUGAUGUUUGCUUUUACUGGCGAGGUCUUGAAGAUGAGGAGAGAAGUCUACCAUAGCGAUGUGUUCGUAAUUUAGAGGGUCCGUUCCACGAACAUUUACUGAUCAUCAUAUAUUAUAUCUUGCGGU